GCAGCGGGAGCCCGAGCCUCGGACGCUGGGGGAGCAGCGGCAGCUCUAGCCCCAGCUCCAGCCCCAGUCCCGAGACGUGGAGAUAUUAUAUAGAUUACUUUAAACAUGGGUGAAAUAGAGCAGAAGCCAACUCCAGGAUCACGGUUAGGAGCUCCUGAGAAUGCUGGGAUCAGUACGUUGGAACAUGGACAGAAAUUGCCCACAGCACCCCCGGGAAAACUUAUUUCCAUUAAAAUCCAGAUGCUGGAUGAUACCCAGGAAGCAUUUGAAGUUCCACAAAGAGCUCCAGGGAAGGUGUUGCUGGAUGCAGUUUGUAACCACCUAAACCUAGUUGAAGGAGACUACUUUGGCCUUGAGUUUCCAGAUCAUAAAAAGAUCACGGUAUGGCUGGAUCUUUUAAAACCUAUUGUGAAACAGAUCAGAAGGCCAAAGCAUGUUGUUGUUAAAUUUGUGGUGAAAUUCUUUCCACCUGACCAUGCUCAACUUCAAGAGGAACUUACAAGGUACCUGUUUGCUCUGCAGGUAAAGCAGGACCUGGCUCAGGGCAGGCUAACAUGUAACGAAACCAGUGCUGCGCUCUUGAUCUCACACAUUGUGCAAUCUGAGAUUGGGGAUUUUGAUGAAACAGUAGAUCGGGAGCACUUAGCAAAGAACAAGUACAUACCUCAGCAAGAUGAACUAGAAGAUAAAAUCGUGGAAUUUCACCAUAACCACAUUGGACAAACACCAGCAGAAUCAGAUUUCCAGCUCCUGGAGAUUGCCCGCCGGCUGGAGAUGUAUGGAAUCCGGUUGCACCCAGCGAAGGACAGGGAGGGCACUAAUAUCAACCUGGCCGUUGCCAACACAGGAAUUCUAGUGUUUCAGGGUUUUACUAAGAUCAAUGCCUUCAAUUGGGCUAAGGUGAGGAAGCUGAGCUUCAAAAGGAAACGUUUUCUCAUCAAGCUACGCCCUGAUGCUAAUAGCUCAUAUCAGGACACAUUGGAGUUCCUAAUGGCCAGUAGGGAUUUCUGCAAGUCCUUCUGGAAAAUAUGUGUGGAACAUCAUGCCUUUUUCAGACUUUUUGAAGAGCCUAAACCAAAGCCCAAGCCUGUUCUUUUCACAAGAGGGUCAUCAUUUAGGUUCAGUGGUCGGACUCAGAAGCAGGUUCUUGACUAUGUUAAAGAAGGAGGACAUAAGAAAGUUCCAUUUGAAAGGAAGCACAGCAAGAUUCGGUCAAUCAGAAGCCUCUCUGCUCAGCCUUCCGAACAGAACUCAGAGGUGCCAAAACAAAGCUCAAGUUUUACCUAUGGAGAUGGUGCUGAUUCACCAGGAGGCCAGAGUUGCCACCAAGGGAAAGAACUGAACAUUUCUGCUGAGGAAUCCGGACAACACAGGAGCCCUUCUCUAAAGAAGAGUCCCAAGGGUGGCCAGCGGGUUGAUGGUGUGGUGAUGACAACCAUGGAGGAAGAGGAGGAGGUCGUUAAGGAUAGAACGCGGCAGAGUAAUCCUCAGUCGCAGCAGCCAAGCACAGGCUCCCUGACUGGUAGUCCUCAUCUCUCAGAACUGUCAAUCAACUCUCAGGGAGGACCGACUGCAGCAAACAUGACCUUGUCUCCAAACUUGAGCCCUGACACCAAGCAGUCAUCUCCACUAGUCAGCCCACUGCUGAAUGACCAGACCUGCACGAGGACAGAUGAUGAAGAAGAGGUCAGGAGAAAGAGAUUUCCAACUGACAAAGCAUAUUUCAUUGCUAAAGAAGUAUCCACCACUGAAAGGACCUAUCUGAAGGAUCUUGAAGUCAUCACUUCAUGGUUUCAGAGCAUAGUGAGCAAGGAUGAAUCGAUGCCUGAAACACUAAAAAGUCUCAUCUUCUCUAACUUCGAACCUUUGCACAAAUUUCAUACAAGUUUUCUCAAGGAAAUUGAGCACAGACUUGCCCUUUGGGAAGGCCGCUCAAAUGCGCACAUCAAAGGAGAUUACCAAAGAAUUGGUGAUGUCAUGCUGAAGAACAUUCAGGGCAUGAAGCAACUGACAAAUCACCUGUGGAAGCACAACGAGGCUUUGGUAGAACUGGAAAAUGGGAUCAAGAACUCUCGUAGACUGGAGAGCUUCUGUCGAGACUUUGAGCUACAGAAAGUCUGUUAUCUGCCUCUCAACACCUUCCUCCUUCGGCCUUUGCACAGGCUUAUGCACUAUAAGCAGAUAAUGGAGAGGUUGUGCAAGCAUUACCCACCAAACCACUCGGAUUUCAGGGACUGCAGAGCUGCGCUGGCAGAGAUUACGGAAAUGGUGGCACAGCUCCAUGGCACCAUGAUAAAGAUGGAGAAUUUCCAGAAGCUACAUGAACUCAAGAAAGAUCUGAUUGGCAUUGACAAUCUUGUAAUCCCGGGACGGGAAUUCAUUCGCCUGGGCAGCCUCAGUAAGCUGUCCGGAAAAGGGCUACAGCAGCGUAUGUUUUUCUUGUUUAAUGAUGUCUUGCUGUAUACAAGUAGAGGACUGACUGCCACCAAUCAGUUCAAAGUUCAUGGACAACUCCCACUCUAUGGCAUGACAAUAGAAGAAAGUGAAGAAGAGUGGGGUGUUCCUCAUUGUCUUACACUUUGUGGUCAACAUCAGUCCAUUAUUGUUGCAGCAAGUUCUCGGAUUGAGAUGGAAAAGUGGAUUGAGGACAUACAGAUGGCAAUUGAUCUAGCAGAAAAAAGCAGUGGCCCCAUCCCUGAAUUACUAGCAAGUAGUCCACCUGAAAAUAAGUCCCCUGAUGAUGCCACAGCAGACCAAGAAUCAGAGGAUGACCUCAGUGCCUCCCGCACCUCCCUCGAGCGACAGUCUCCCCACCGGGGCAACACGAUGGUUCAUGUCUGCUGGCACCGAAAUACUAGCGUCUCCAUGAUCGACUUUAGCAUUGCUGUGGAGAAUCAGUUAUCUGGGAACCUGUUGAGGAAAUUUAAAAACAGCAAUGGAUGGCAGAAGCUCUGGGUGGUAUUUACCAACUUCUGCCUGUUCUUCUACAAAUCACACCAGGAUAAUCAUCCCUUAGCCAGUCUGCCUUUAUUAGGAUAUUCACUCACCAUUCCCUCGGAAUCAGAGAACAUUCACAAAGACUAUGUGUUCAAACUACACUUCAAGUCCCACGUCUAUUACUUCAGGGCUGAAAGCGAAUAUACAUUUGAAAGGUGGAUGGAGGUGAUCCGGAGCGCUACCACCUCUGCUUCUCGAGCUUGUGUUUUAAGUCACAAAGAAUCUCACGUGUACUGAUGGCUGGACACCCACGUUUCUUGUUCCAGCAUUUGCUGCUUUUCUAGAGGACGUCUGAAGUUACUUUCUCCUGUAUUAACGAAGCCUAGUAAAAUUAAAACGAGUGGUUUUGCAGCAACUCUUGUCUGUCCCAGCAAAACUGUUUUUAAUCUAGUCUUUUCAGCUGUUGACUCCCCAUCCUAGUGGUAACAGAACUCCACCACCUCCUGUCCUGUGUGGCAUUCUGUGGGCCCUUCUCUUGGUGUGCUGUUUUGGGUUUUGUUUUUUUUUUAGCUUGUGCCAGUAUUAAAAUAUUGUUCUUAGAGUGCCAAAUGACAUUUCCUUUCCUCCAAGAUUGCACCUUAAAAAGCAGUACAAAUGUACCUGCCCCCUCCCAAUGAGAAAUGUGAUCCCACGUGCAAGUGCUAUUUCUUUUUCUUAAAAAAAAAAAAAAGGAAAAAAACUUUUUAUUAUUUUGAUCAGUAGACUGCAUUUUUAAAUGUAAUAAUGGCUUUUUUUCCACAGUGUAUGAUACACACACAAUAGAGGCAGUCUUAUAGUAAAGGAGGUCAUUUUCAGAUUUUGUUUUUCAGUCUUUCUACUUUAUUAAUCAAGGAAUUCCUACUAAUUUUUCUAUUGUUAUAAAAGUUUGCAGCACACAAUAUUUCACUUUGGGGUUUCAUGUUAUAAUGAGCUACUUACUCUAUGACAUUUAUCACACCUUUGUCUUGGUGCAAGUUGACCAAAUUGUUUACCUGUUAAUUUUGAGAAGUGAUGACUAUUUGCAAAAUGUAGUUUGUUUUUUUUACGGAGAAACAAUGAAACAAAAGUCCAGUGCAAUAUUAUUUGGGCUAUAAAUGUACUGUGAAUGGUGUGUACAAUGGGAAGAUAUUAAGCUGUGGUGUUUUGCUGUUUGUUUCACAAGCAUGAAAAAUACCUGUAUGUCAUUAACCAUGGGCCAUUUGUGACAUGUUAAGUUAUGAAGAGUGUUUUUUGUUGGCUUAAGUGGAUGCAGAAACACUAUAAAGUAAUGGUACUUAUUUCCCUUCCCUAGGCUUUCAUUAUUAAGACCUAUAUCCUAUUGAAAAGAAUUCAUUUAAAACAAAGCAUUCUAUGGGCAUAUAUAGAUUGUGAUUGUCUCUUCAUAAACAGGACUCUGCUAUUAUCUACCCCUUGCCUUGCGGUCAUGGGUUAUUAACAAUAGUUUGAUAUUUUAUAUGCUGGACUGCUGGUAUCCACAGGGAAUCAGGUGCAAAAAUAGGCUGCAUCUGAAACAUCCAUUUAAAUAUUCACACUACAAAAACGCACCUAUGACGGUUCCCUUAUGGGUUUAAGGCCUUUUCUAAUGCAAGUCUAAAAACACCACAGAAGAGCAAGAUAGCAGCUCAAUUAACACACCUCUCUUCCCACUCCCCCACCAGCCAGGUUGAUGCUGCCUAAUUGAGAAUACGAAGGAAUGAAUUUUUGCUGGAAUACACAGACUUCAUGGAGCUGAGGCUGGCUUUGAUACAAAUGGAAACUGCAAUUUUCAAAUGGACUCGUAGCUUUAGACUUGUUAAUCACUUGCCUUACAACAUGUACCAGAUGGUUUAAAGUACUAACAACAAAAGGGAAUAAAAUUACCUCACACCACCACUGA